AGCGCCCUCACGCGUCGCCGCGCACGGUAACGCCGCCACCGCUCUCGCGCGCAUCACACGCACACACGCGUUCGGGGAUUCGACGCGCGCGCGUUUCGAAGCGCGACACACCGGGGGUUGAACGGCACCGUUCGCGUCGCGAUGGGUCACAGCAUCAACGAGGCGUAUGAGAAGCUGGAGAAAAUCGGGCAGGGUACCUACGGGAAGGUGUAUAAGGCGCGCGACCGCUCCACCGGAAGGCUCGUCGCGCUGAAGAAGACGCGUCUGGAGGUGCGUGUUUCAUUCUCGCGCGCUUUCGCGCGUCGCGCGCGGCGUCGCCGCCCUCGGAGCGGGAGGCGGUGCCGCGGUUUUUUUUGUUCCAAGCCGCGAGCGAUGGUUUUCAUCGCGGGGGGUACGGCCGCGAGAUGCGCGCGCUCUCGCGGCCGCGCGUCGCGCGCAUCGCGGCUCUCUCGCGAUGCGCGUCCGCUGCGUGUCCACGAAGGCUCCGCGAGGCUUCGUUACCCUCGAACGCGCUCGAACCGCGCCCGACGGGGUCGUUUCCGAGGAGAGGCGACGCGCGAAAAAAAAGCGCGUCCGACGCGCGCGCUCACCCGUCCUCAUCCCCCUCCCCGCCUCUCCCCGCGCCAUCAGAUGGAGGAAGAGGGCGUCCCGUCCACGGCGCUGCGCGAGGUUUCCCUCCUGCAGAUGCUCAGCGAGAGCGCGUUCAUCGUCAGGCUCCUGAAAGUCGAGCACGUCGAGGAGGACGGCAAGGCGAUGCUCUACCUCGUCUUUGAGUACCUCGAUCAGGAUCUGAAAAACUUCAUGGAUCUCACCGGGCGCGGCCCGGCGAACCCGCUCGCGAAGAGCGUCGUCCAGGACUUCAUGUACCAGCUGUGCUUAGGCUGCGCGCACUUACACCGCCACGGCGUCAUGCACCGCGACCUCAAACCGCAGAACCUUCUCGUGGACAAGGCGAAGAACGUCAUCAAGGUGGCGGACCUCGGGCUCGGCCGCGCGUUUUCCGUCCCGGUCAAGUCGUACACGCACGAGAUCGUGACGCUGUGGUACCGCGCCCCGGAGGUUCUCCUCGGCGGGUCGCACUACUCCACGCCCGUGGACAUCUGGUCCGUCGGUUGCAUCUUCGCGGAGCUCGCGCGGAAGCAGCCGCUCUUCCCGGGCGACUCGGAACUCCAGCAGCUCUUGCACGUCUUCAAGCUUCUCGGGACGCCUUCGGAGGAGACGUGGCCGGGCGUCACGCGGCUUCGCGACUGGCACGAGUUUCCGCAGUGGCAGGCGCAGGACCUGAGCAAGGUGAUCCCGCAGCUCGACGCGCACGGGAUCGACCUGAUGAAGAAGAUGCUCGUGUACGACCCGGCGAAGCGCAUACACGCGACGGAGGCGUUGGAACACCCGUACUUUGACUCGUUGGACAAGUCGAGGUACGCGAAGAUCGAGGCGUCGUUCGAGAAGGAGAACAGGAAGGCGAACUGAGAUGACAUCAUGACGUGCUGCCGCCGCGCCGCGCGCGCGCGCGAUACCCUUAGAGGCGACGAUUGGUGUCGAUGGACGCGUGACGUUUCGGGGGCGAGCGUUUGGGUUGGUUUGGACGGGACGGGAAGAGGACUGGACGGCUCGACGCGACGACGGUGAAAACGGAGACGGGCGCGGCGGCGGCGGCGGCGGCGGCGGGGCGGCGCGCCCGGCGGGGAGGGUCGGGACGACGGGGUUGGGUUGGGGUUGAGGCGAUGUACGCCGCGGUAGGGAGGGACGAGCGCGCUCCGUCGUCGUCGUCG